AAUGUCAUACGUAAAUUUUUUCUUAAUUUUUAUUGGAUAUGUACGUGCAGUAGAAAUAAAUGAAACCUGUUCGUGAACCUCCACGCCAUCUUCCGUAAACAGACGCUGUGCAAAAUCUGUCUAUGGCGACCGCGCCAUGUCAUUUCUAUUUACAAAUUUAUUAAUAUAUUUCCUAAAUAUAUUUUCUUUCAGUCGAGUUUCAUGCAUGAAAACAGUGCUACUAUUUGGUGGCCUCGGUGAUUGAAACAAUUUUAACGUUUUAUUGCUCGGAUGCCGGAGAUGCCACCGCUAUCGGGUGGUUUCGGUGAACAAAUAGAGGAUUACGAGGUAUUGAAUUUACUUGGAAAGGGAGGCUUCGCCAGCGUAUAUCGAGCAAAAUGUCUUCGCAGUGGCAUAGAAGUAGCGAUAAAAAUGAUCGACAAAAAAUUGAUGCAAGCUGCUGGGAUGGUGGGUAGAGUACGUCAAGAAGUAGCUAUUCAUUCAAGAUUGAAGCAUCCAGCGGUACUCGAAUUGUACACAUUCUUUGAAGAUGCCAAUUAUGUUUAUUUGGUAUUAGAAUUGUGUCACAAUGGGGAGCUACAACGUUUUCUUAAGAUCCAAGGCUCACAUGCGUUACCUGAAGAACAUGCUGGUAGAAUAAUUAGACAAGUAGUUCAAGGAUUGUUGUACCUACAUUCCCAUCAAAUACUUCAUAGAGAUAUGUCUUUAUCUAAUUUGCUUUUGACUAGGGACAUGCAAGUGAAAAUAGCAGAUUUUGGGUUGGCUACUCAAUUGACAAGGCCUGAUGAGAAACAUUUGACCAUGUGUGGUACUCCUAAUUACAUAUCACCUGAGAUAGCAACAAGGUCAUCUCAUGGUUUAGAGGCAGACGUUUGGAGUUUAGGAUGUAUGCUGUACACCUUGCUAGUCGGCAAGCCUCCGUUUGAUACAGAUGCCGUUAAGAGUACUUUAACACGCGUCGUCAUGGCUGAUUAUGUAAUGCCAGCUUAUUUAUCAGACAAUGCCAAGGACUUGAUAGAUAAAUUAUUAAAAAAGAAUCCAAAAGACAGAAUUCGUUUGCGUGACAUUUCAAAACAUCCAUUCAUAACCACCUUAGAAAGAAAUAAAUUGUACAGUGAGAAGAAUGGCACAAGCAAGGCACUGAUCGGUGAUGGUAUGAUUGACUCAGGAGUUGGAAGAACAUUAUCCUCUUAUGGUAGACCGAGAAUGCGUUCCAGAUCUGAGGAAAGAAUGUCAACAAUGCCUACGAUGUCCAAUGGUUACGGACCGAUGGUUAGUGCGAGGAGCGAAGCUUUAUCCGAGCCUAUUGCAAAAACACAUUCGCAUAAAAACAACUACGUAGAUUAUCGUCCAAAAGAGACUUCAGUGUUGGCUGGAAUACCACCACCACCACAAAGUAGAAUAUUUUCGCAAAGUCAACAAUGUAGCAAUGUAUACGAGGAGCCCGAUAAACACAAAACUAGUAGAUACAAAAAGAGAGAAAAGGUUGAGAAUUGUUUCGAAGGUACCGAGGAUGUGACAAAAUUGCAAGUUCCCCCUUUAUCUUCGGAAAGACUUCAACCUACCAGACAUAGGACAAAGAAUGCGAUACUUACAAUUUUAGAAAAUGGAGAAGUUUGCAUUGAAUUUAUCAAACGCAGGAAUGGAGUGGAAAGAGUAAGCGAAGUGUGUAGAAUAUCAAGCGAUGGUUUGAGAGUCGUUCUAUAUAAACCAACUGUCUCCACGGAAGUUGGAGCGCAACCACCCCCGUUACCAUCUCGCGGAGCGGAUAGUAUUUAUUCGUAUGAAAAUCUACCGCCACGGCAUCACAGAGAAUACGUAUAUGCUUCUCGCUUUAUCAAACUCGUGAGGGCAAAAACACCAAAAUUGACGCUGUACACGCAACGAUCGAAAUGUCUUUUUAUGGAAAAUGGACCAAAUCCAGAUUGUGAAGUUCAUUUUUAUAAUGGAGUUAAGGUUGUACGAGUCGAUGGCACUGUAAAGAUAACUGAAAGAAGUGAUAGUCCUACCUACACGGAAGGUGAAUUUCCAUCACACUUCGACGAUUAUUAUGAACAUUAUUCGGAAUGUUAUCAGCGCUGCCUGUUGUUAGAGUCUACUUUAACAUCUUUAGAAGCAGCUACCGGACAUUCUUGUUUUCCAGUCAUAAUUGGACGUAGGCCUAGCGCGGCCUUAAAUGAUGCUCCUUGUUUACAAGGAAAAGAAAAUGUUUCACAGGCAACAAACCAUACACCUGUGAUGCCGUCUUUCGAUGCUAGCUGCUCUAUUUCGACGGUAGCAUCCCGAUCGCACAAAAUGAACUCCAUACGAAAUUUAAGUAAUAAUAUGAGUAAGGUAGUAGUUCCGGGUAUAGGUACUGCGACGCAGUUAUCAUCUGGAGAUAUUCGUCUCGAUUAUAAGGAUGGUUCUACUUUAACAGUAAAUCCUCAAAGCUAUGGUGGUGGCAUAAUUUAUGAGAGUAAUAAUGGUACCGUUACGAGAUACAAUCAACAUUAUCAGAAUAUGGAUGUGCCGCACAUUGUUAGAGAAAAAUUACGUCAUCUACCAACAGUUAUCAAAUAUUUAGUUCAACCGAGGCAUAAGAAUAUCCGGUAGUGCUGAAACGUGCAUUUAGAGAAUGAAAUAUUUUGUAUAGUAGCUUUAAAGUAGGUUUAACUACGAUAAGAACAAAAGUAUUUUUAUAGAUUUAUUAAAUGUAUUGUAUCUCUCUAAUUAAUUAUAAAGUCAUCGAUAUUUUAAAUAUAAUGAGAGAGACUUGGUUUAUUGUACUUUGUAUGUGCUUAUAUUUAAGUUUUUAUUUAUAAAAUUAUAAUAUAAGUUUACACAGAACAUUCGAAUUGGUGUUCUGAAAACAUCAAAUUAAUAUACGUUUCAUACGAAUGUUAAUAAACAUAAACGAAUGUA